UAUCGAUUUAUCCUUUCCAUUCCUAAGACCGCAAGCGGACUGGCAAAUAUUCCAAUUUUUUAUCCAUGCUUUCAGUAUUUUUAACAGCAAGUGCCGCUCUAUAAUAUUUUCUGAAUUCAUGGCUUUACAAGAUGGAAUUCCAGAUUUCCUGAGAGACCAGUUUGUGUUUUCUGACACGAUGCUGGUCGGUCACAAGCGGCAUUGUUUUAUUUUGGCGCGCAAUUUGAAAUUUUAUGAAUUUUGCCAGAAACAACUUGUGAAUAGUACUGAAUUGAGGGAAACUUGUUUGAAGAAAGUAGCGAAUGAUGUGCGAGACUACAAAGGGCCAAGAGGAAAGUGUUUUAAAAGUCGUGGAACCCGUAACAGACAUACCAUGGGUUGUACAGAAAAGCCUGCGGGUCUUAUGGAAACUUCUGAUUUGCAGACCUCUGUAGUAUUCGAGGAAGAGCCUGUUACUAAUUUGGUAGUAAUUGCUUUACCUAAUCAUGCCUUUGUGGCGGAGUUUGAAAGGGUUACAAAUUUUCGUAUUGUACAUGGGAAGGCACUGUUUGAAGCUGUAAUAGAAAUACUUUUCGAAAAUGGUACAACACAGUGUUCAAAUUUCCAAAAAAGUGCAGAACUACUUGAGGGACCAGCUGCUAGAAAUAUUGUUAGUGACAGGAAUAGCUUAAAACAGCUGCUGGAACGUGUGCGGUUCUCUAAGUCAGAGCUCCAGCUACAUAGGUCAACAACGCAGAAAGAGUUCGACGCCUUGCGGGAUCAGGAAAUGUUUGGCUUUAACUAUAUUCGCAGUGAUCAGUUAGAGGAAAAACCAAUGCUUUCUCGCUGUGGUGACAUUUGGAUCAGAUUCGUGGGAAAUAAUAUGGUUUUUGGUGUACCCUUGGUUAAUAACUGCUCCAAACAUAACUUGAUUAUACUCAAAAAUUUGAAGCCAAUUUUAAAAAUAAAUGAUUUCGCUGUAGAUAAUAUUAUUUACAAAUAUCGUUUAUAUCAACUACGGCUAAAUUUUGAGAAUUUAGAAACAAUGGAAUCUUUUUUCCAGACUGAAGAUGAAGACUUACGACUGCAUACACAAGUUUGGAAUAAUUCCGAAUUGCCGCAAUUACUGCCAGCGUCCUUUGCAGUAGUAUUAAUUGUGAUAAAAACUACACAACUACUUUUACUUGAAAAUUGUCCCUUAUUUCUGUACUUUGAAAUCGAAAAAGAACUACCGAACAGUCAAGGACGUCCCGUAAGAACUGGAGUUUAUGAGCAACAUCUUUUCUUGAAGAACUUAAAUAUUUCACAUAUACUUAUAAAUCGUCAGAAAUACCAACUGUCAUUUAGUUCACCGUGUAUCCAUCAGGACUUUCUGGCUAAUGCAUUGAUAAGCAAAGAAGCAACAAUACAUAUUAAAUUUCUCUCUGUGCAUAAUGCGCUUAUAUUUGAGCAGUUAAUCCAGGAAAAAUUAAAUUUCAAUACUGUCAAAAGAGAUUUAACUUCAUCUGAAUAUGAAAUGAACCAUACAAAAGAUGUCGAUGAUAAGCUAACUCAAAACCAAUAUGUUUCCAGCAUAUAUUUUAACAAAGACCAAAUGUCGCUGUGGUUUGGUUCAAUGAUUAUAAAAAUAAAUUCAGAUGCUGAAGGUGAGGAUGAGCAAACCUGGAAAUUUUAUUUACAAAACAAAGAAAAGGCAUUCAUUUGCUUAAAGAUGCUGUUUAGCGAGAUCACGAUGGUCAACUGCAAAAUCAAAAAUAUGGAAUAUCUCGGCAAUAACCAAGAAAACACCGAAGGAUCAUUUUUCAAUAUUAAAAAAGCACUCUUCGAUGAACUCGAAGGAUUAAAGCAUUUGAAUGAAUCUAUUGAUAAUACCAGGAGAAGGGAAAUUUUGGAAGAGUUGAUGAAAAAUCAAAUAAGUUCAGAUAUAUUUUUACGGACGGGGCGAUAAUGAAGACAUUUUUAGGCUUAUUUCGUUUGGACAUAUUACAAGAAAGUAUGUAGUUUGUAUUAUGUGUGAAUGUACAUGUACAAUGUUCAGAUGCAAAGACUUUACUGGUGUUCAUGAAAUUCUUUUGAAAUUCUUACUGUGUGUGUAUAUUUAUCGAUAAAACUCAAACCCGACUUUGCUAGUUUUCAGAAAAGAUUUAUUAAUUUAUUCAAUUCAAUUGAAACAGAGAUUAAAAUAAGUUUCAGCCAUAUGUAUAUUCAUAUUCAUCAUUUUUCUUGCUAUCUGUACCAUUACUUCAAAUAAAUUAUUCUUAUAAUUAUGAUUGUAUUCCUAAACAUUUUAAUACAAAGAAUCCAAAAUCUUUAUUUUU